AUGCACAUUUCAAAUCCCUUUACCGUCCUCAACCAGCAAACCAAAAACUACAUCCACAUUUUACAUAUGCUCUACGGUCUCACCCCAAAUAGUUUGCGAUGUUUCAUGGCUGCGUCGUCGCUGGUGUUCAGGCUGCACGACCGAGGUCCAGAGCUGGUGAGGGAGGUUCUCCUGGAGCGAGGAUGGGAGGAGUACGACGGCGGAGAACGAGAGGAGAAGGACUGGAACCUCUACUGGCGCGGCUCUGCAUUCCGCAGCUCGGAAUAUCACAACCUGUUGCCGUGGCAGCGCCUCAACCACCAUCCCAAAACCAUUGGCAUCACACGCAAGGACUUCCUGGCACGAAACCUGGGGCGAAUGAGAGCCACGUGUGGUUCGUCUCUUUAUGACUUCAGUCCCAACGCCUUCAUCCUCCCCAACGACUACACCCGCUUUCUGGCCGAAUACAAGAAACUGCAUGCUGCCAGUGGAUCGUCCGUCUUCUGGAUUUGUAAACCUGUGGAUCUUUCUAGAGGAAGAGGGAUCUUCAUCUUCGAGGACAUCAAAGACCUGGUGUACGACUGCUCUGUUAUUGUACAGCGGUACGUCAGCGACCCUCUGCUCAUCUCCGGCUACAAGUUUGACCUGAGGAUCUACGUGUGCGUGAAGAGCUUCCACCCGCUCACCGUCUACGUUCACCAGGAGGGACUGGUGCGCUUCGCCACAGAGAAGUACAACCUGUCGUCCCUGCACAACCUGUACGCUCACCUCACCAACACAAGCAUCAACAAGCUCGGCCCGUUCUACAAAACCCAAAAGGAGAGAGUGGGCCGAGGAUGCAAGUGGACGCUGAGCAAGUUCAGGCACUUUCUCCACAGCCAGCACGUGGACGAGCGCCUUCUGUGGCAGAGGAUCAACAACAUCGUGACCCUGACGCUUCUCACCAUCGCUCCGUCAGUCCCGUCCUGUCCAAACUGUGUGGAGCUGUUUGGUUUCGAUAUCCUCAUUGACGCCAACUUCAAACCCUGGCUGCUGGAGGUCAACUACAGCCCGGCGCUGACUCUGGACUGCCAAGCGGACAUCACGGUAAAGAAAGGACUCGUUAGCGAUCUGAUCGAUUUGAUGAACUACACGCCGGUCGACGGUUUAAGAGAGAGAGCAUAUCAGAAUCAUAAAUGCAAGAACUCCUGUACUCUUCAUAAAUCUGCGCUUCAAGAACCACUUCUUCAGAGGACGACGGGAAACAUCCAGUCCUCGCAAACCCGAAUGCUACCUCCACUAAAACCUCUUCACCACUCCAAGAACGUGAACCAGAGACAAUCCAGACAAGAUGCUUUUGGCACAAACUACCACAGACGCCUGCCUCCGGUUGAUUUAAACAGGAGCAAAGUAUUUACGACCACAGCGGCGAACAGAACUCACACCGACAAGACUCUGAACCUGAUAUUUGACCCGCAGUCAAGGACAAACGAGUCAGUGGUGAACAGACACUUACGGCCUGGCCUUGUACCGUGGCUAAGGGACAACAGGAGUCUUCACGUGUCUGAGGUUUCAAACCCUGACAGCAGUGAAACAGAAGCUGAGGGGAAGCUCUCAGGAGAGUCAGACGUUUGCUCAAGGAAACCUGAGAUCGCACAGAGGACGACGGGAUUCAGACGCUCAGCUGUGUCCUGGAAACUUCCCAACAUUUACAGUGGGAGUCACGCAUCAACCGCGACGACUCCUCCUUCAGACGUAACCACGAUAACGACGGGACAACGCAUCCCUCCGCUCAGAGUGGGAGACUUCAUACGGACGUUCCCGUUCAACCGAGCCUCCCUGAAGGCCUCGCAGCACAAACUGGACGUGAAGAGCGUCAUACACGAGCUCCAGAAGACGACAGCUCGGCUGAUCUCGGCGCAGUCGGACAAGACGAAGAACAGGAGAGAGGAAGAGGAGGAAGAGGAGAGGAGGACGACGGAAUCAGACCAUGAGGAAGAGUUUGAUUCUCUGUUCUGGGGCCCGACAGAUCCUCCGUUUAUCAGUCAGAGCAGGUGACGUGACGAGAAGAAGGAAUUAUGGGAAAAGAUUUCACUCGAGAACUGGGUCGCCAAAAAGGCUACUUCCUGUUAAAGCAGUUUCGGAUACACAUUAGGGGUAACAGGAAGUACCCGCGCUUCCGCACAUGUGCAGAACAAAUCCAGUCCAAUUUUAAUCGGAAUAAGUCAAUAAUUCGUUUUUCUUAAUGUCACGCAAACACGCGAGUCUGACUAAAAUCAGACAUGCCAAAAUGUCCACCCCGGUCUUUAAACUGGACGUAGAAGACGACGUAUAAACGCAACAAGAGCCGCGCUCCAUCUAAUUUGUGUCACGAUUAACAUGAACAGCAGGAAACCAACAGAACCACAACCCGAUCCAUCUCACGGUCCAAUCCCGUUGUUCACCGUUUGUUUUUCUGUGCCAAGAAAGA